CUCUAGGUGUAGGCAGUCUUGCCUAUUUCUGCCACAGAAGAGGUCACAGCUACACUGUGUAUGCAGAAGCUAGGAGAAAUGACUCUGUUGAGAAUUCUGGGUUGCCACAGCAGCUUCAGCUGAUUCAAGUCCAGGUGAUGUUUCGUCAUGGAGCUCGGACACCUCUUCAUUUGAUACCAAAAAUACCAGAGGCAAAUUAUGAUCCAGAGUUUUUGUUGAAGGAGCAUCAAGCUUCAUUGUUUCCUUACGAGCGCUUACUGUAUGGUUCAGGGGUGCCUAUUGAUUGGUCCGGCUAUGAACAGAGACUGACACAAAUGCCUUUGAAGAGUGGAGUUCCCGCUGGUGCUCUAACAACCCCUGGAAAGGAUCAAGUGUAUGUGCUUGGUCAAAAACUGCAGAACAGCUACAGAGAGAAGCUCAACUUGGCAAUAUAUGACCCUAGAGAUGUUUUGGUGUUAUCAAGCAAUAUCAGACGAACUGUGGAGUCAGCUAGAGGUGUCCUGGCUGGUUUCUUUGGCAAAGAACAACUGCAAGCAUACGCUGAGCAGAUUUCUCCCAUAAAAAUCUACAUCACCGGCAACAAGUACAACAUCCUGGUCCCUGACGCAACAAACUGUGCUGUCUUAAACAAGGUCAACCAUGCAGCAAUGAACCACAGCGACCUCCUUCCUGGCUUCAAGGAUGACAGGCUGACUGUAGAGAAGGCUAUCAAUGAUGAACGCCAGGAGAAGAUUAAAGCUGUGAAAGCCAUUCAAGAAAAGAUAAACCGGCUCCGUGGUUCUGCUGUGAAGAAGGACAGUGUACAUUCCCUUGAACACAGCAAAGGCUCUCAGUCCUCCCUGAAAAAUCAGGGUUUGCAGCAGCUUACUGAGGAUAGGAAUCGGGCCAUUGACCAAGUUGAAAGGCUGUGGAUGGUGAGAAAUCCAAACCUGGCCAACAGAAUCACUGAAGAAGAUAUGCAAGCUUUAGUUUACUUGAGGCGACUGGAAGUGGAGCAAGUGGAAGGAAAAUUCCACCCUGGCUACAGGUUUCAUUUUUACUUUGAUCCCAAUCCUUACUUCUCUAAUGAAUAUUUAUGCAAGGAGGUUUACAUACACCAACAAGCUGAUGCAGAAAAAUCCUGGUCAACUCCAAUUGCCUGGAAAGAAUAUGGAGUAA